AUAGGUUGUCUUGUGGAAAUGAAGCCUUAAGGGCAAGUUACCUACCAGAUUAAAGAUGGGAUCGAACAGCAGCAGAAUCGGUGAUCUUCCUAAAAAUGAGUACUUAAAAAAGUUAUCGGGCACAGAAUCUGUCUCUGAGAACGACCCGUUCUGGAAUCAGCUUCUCUCGUUUUCUUUCCCUGCACCAACCAACAGCACCGAGCUGAAGCUUUUGGAAGAAGCAACCAUUUCAGUCUGCAGGUCUUUAGUUGUAAACAACCCUCGAACAGGAAACCUUGGUGCGCUAAUUAAGGUCUUCCUUUCUAGAACCAAAGAACUAAAACUUUCGGCAGAAUGUCAAAACCACAUCUUCAUUUGGCAGACACACAAUGCUUUGUUCAUUAUUUGCUGCUUGCUGAAAGCGUUCAUCUGUGAGAUGUCAGAAGAGGAACUGCAGCUUCAUUUUACUUAUGAAGAAAAGGCUCCUGGCAGUUACAGUUCUGACUCUGAAGAUCUUUUGGAAGAAUUGCUCUGUUGUUUGAUGCAGUUAAUCACUGAUAUUCCACUCCUAGAUAUUACAUAUGAAAUCUCAGUAGAAGCUGUAUCAACAAUGGUGGUUUUCCUUUCUUGCCAACUCUUCCACAAGGAAGUUUUGCGACAGAGCAUCAGUCACAAGUAUUUGAUGCGAGGUCGAUGUCUUCCGUAUACCAGCAAACUUGUGAAAACCUUAUUGUAUAACUUUAUCAGACAAGAAAAGCCGCCCCCUCCAGGAGCACAGGUACUCCCACAGCAGUCGGAGGGGGGAGGACUGCUCUAUGGACUCGCGUCAGGAGUAGCAACAGGCCUCUGGACUGUCUUCACCCUGGGUGGCGUGGGCAGCAAAGCAGCUGCCUCUCCAGAACUUCCUUCCCCUCUGGCCAACCAGAGUCUCCUGCUUCUGCUGGUGCUGGCCAACCUGACUGAUGCUGCAGAUGCACCAAACCCCUACAGACAAGCCAUUAUGUCCUUUAAGAAUACACAAGAUAGCAGUCCUUUCCCCUCAUCAAUUCCACACACUUUCCAGAUUAACUUCAACAGUUUGUACACAGCUCUUUGUGAACAGCAGACAUCUGACCAAGCAACUCUCCUCUUGUACACGUUGCUCCAUCAGAAUAGUAAUGUUAGAACGUACAUGUUGGCUCGCACAGAUAUGGAAAAUCUUGUUUUACCAAUUCUUGAGAUUCUGUAUCAUGUCGAAGAAAGAAAUUCACACCAUGUGUAUAUGGCCCUUAUAAUAUUAUUGAUCCUUACAGAAGACGAUGGCUUUAAUAGAUCCAUUCAUGAAGUGAUAUUAAAAAACAUUACUUGGUAUUCAGAACGGGUUUUAACUGAAAUUUCACUGGGGAGUCUUCUGAUACUGGUUGUAAUAAGAACCAUUCAGUACAACAUGACGAGGACAAGAGACAAGUACCUUCACACCAACUGUCUGGCUGCUUUAGCAAACAUGUCGGCACAGUUUCGUUCUCUCCAUCAGUAUGCUGCCCAGAGGAUCAUCAGUUUGUUUUCCUUGCUGUCUAAAAAACACAACAAAGUUCUGGAACAAGCCACACAGUCCUUGAGAGGUUCACUGAGUUCCAAUGAUGAUCCUCUACCAGAUUACGCACAAGACCUGAAUGUCAUCGAAGAAGUGAUUCGAAUGAUGUUAGAGAUCAUCAAUUCCUGCCUGACAAAUUCUCUUCACCACAAUCCAAACUUGGUGUACGCACUGCUUUACAAACGAGAUCUCUUUGAACAGUUUCGAACUCAUCCUUCAUUUCAGGAUAUAAUGCAAAAUAUUGAUCUGGUGAUCACCUUCUUCAGCUCACGAUUACUGCAGGCUGGAGCUGAGCUGUCAGUGGAACGGGUCCUGGAAAUCAUCAAGCAGGGGGCUGUCGCGCUGCCCAAAGACCGGCUGAAGAAAUUUCCAGAAUUGAAAUUCAAAUAUGUGGAAGAGGAGCAGCCCGAGGAGUUUUUUAUCCCCUAUGUGUGGUCUCUGGUCUACAACUCAGCAGUAGGUCUCUACUGGAACCCACAGGACAUCCAGCUCUUCACACUGGAUUCCGACUGAGGGCAGGCCACCAUCUCCCACCCUCACCUCCCUCCAGCUGAGCAGCCCGUCCAGUUAUUUUCUUCCUGGGGAACAGAAGUAGACAGAUUGCCUGAUGUAUCUUCUAGCAAAGACGAUCACACAGGCAUGCUUCCCUUACACGCUUGGAUUUGGAGAGUUGGUGCCAGUUGGCAGUAGAUCACUCAGCUUAGAUUGUAGUGCAAAAAAAAAGGGGGUGGGGGGGCACACAAUAAUAAUAAAUGUAAAAACCUGCUAUUCCACAUGCAGUUUUAUUUCUAAACCAAAAAUCUAGAGCGUUUCCAGGAACC